AAUAAUCGCUAAACCUGCCCUGUUGUUGCUUUCCUUGACAGAGCAACAUGAGUAACAUGCUGUGGCUAUUGCUGUUACAGAGCAACUAUUCCUCCACACCGGUAGGUGGCAGUGUGCGUUUUGAUUGACACCCUGAGACCAGCGUUGAAGAGAUGUGGGCGCGGUUUUCACGGCACAACAGCGCCACUUUUGAGCAUUUGAUAACAAAAACACAAGAGGAGACUAUAGAGCUGUUUAUAGUUGGCCACAGAGGAAUGUAACAACAACAGAGGGUUCCGUUAUACGUAAAAAGGGUCAACCAGUAUGGUUCAAGACAAUGCACAGAUUCGCCAACAGGGUGCCCAGGACUUUAUGUUGUAUUAUGACUUCGUCUGUGCCAAACAGGAGACUUUCCCUGUCCCUGCAGUUAAAGGGAGCCUUGACAAAGGGAUGCUAAACUUUAAUGGAGACCGGCUCAAACCAACUGACUGGCCACCCAUUCUGCAAGCAAUAUCUAUCAACAACCAUCUAGACCACAUUGCUAUCAGCAGUACUUACCAAGCUAAUCACACUUCAGGAGAUACAGUUUUGAAGAGGAGGCAACAUAAAUCUACCUUUAAGAGGAAGAUUCCAGCCAUUCGCUCAAAGGACAUGACAUUCAAGCUGUGCAAGGCCCUGAGAGAUUGUUUAACUGUUUCCUCCAACCUCAAGACUCUGCAUCUUAAUGGACUUCCACUGAGAGAAAGGGACCUCAUCACUCUGACAAAAGGUUUGGCCAAAAGUACUUCUUUGAAAAAUCUUUCUUUAGCUAACUGUCCAAUAUCAGAUGAGGGUGUAGAAGUUAUUUGCCAAAGUGUGAAGUAUUCUACAACCAUCGUAACAGUUGAUUUCACAGGAUGCAGUCUUACAUGGAGAGGGGCAGACCAUAUAGCCAACAUUAUUAAGUAUCAGGGAAUGCAGAGACACAGCACAGCAUGGGCAGAGUCUUUGCGGUAUCGCCAUCCACAGCUCGAGGGAAUGAGCGGCCUUCGUCGAAUCACUCUUAACUCUAACACUUUGAUUGGGGAUAGGGGAGCAGCUGCGCUCGCUCGUGAGCUGGCUGAAGACCUGUGGAUUAAAGCUUUGGACUUACAGCGAUGUGGCCUAUCUAAUGAAGGAGGACGCCAUUUGCUGGAAGCCUUGAAAACAAACUCCUUUCUAUGCGUACUGGAUAUCCGUAAUAACCCUUUAGUUGAUAAACCAUUGGUGAAAACAAUUAUAGAGAAAGUAUUAAUGAAUGCAGACGGACAACCACUGGAGUACCACUGGAUCAAGCCGCCAGCCACAGAGUCACAGAGAGUUUUUUCACAGACUCAACCACGCUCAGUCAGAGAAAAAACGUUGUUUAAAAAAGUCACUUCUAAAGCAGCGUCUCCAGGAGGACGAGGUACGGGUGAAUCUAGGGCAGGAAUCAGGAAUUCCCGCUCCUGCUCUGUACCGUGGCGUGCUGCAGCGCGAGCUGGACGUCAGAGAGGCCUUCCUCCUGGAGUAACAGUAACAGACCACAGUUUUCAGGCUGCAGCUACUGUAAAGAUCACUGUGGAGUCAGAUUCAGAAGAAGAGGACAAACAAGAGGAAGUGGUGGCAGAUGCGGAUCAGAGAACUUCAUUUUAUUUCCAUGAUAGAGUCACUGAACGCCAGUUUGAGAGUCUCCAGAUGGAGCUGAAAGAGUAUCGUCUCAGGCUGGCAGAAGAACGCAGGGCCAGACUGAAGGCUGAGUCAAGACUGCUGGAGAUUGAGCUGGAGAGUGCUCGCCUUCGUGAUGCCAACCGUUCCCUGACAGAAGCUCUUACAGCCACUCACCCAGCAUCAGGACCGUCUGCUCUCAGCGCUCUUGAAGAUGAGGCCGUCCUUCAGAGCAUCGAGAACUCAUUCACUAAAUUUCAUGCUUUCCUGGAUCUCCUUAAAGAUGCUGGUCUUGGUCAGAUAGCGUCGAUGGCCGGCAUUGAUGGGUCCGACUUCCAGCCUUUCGAGCGACCUCAGCUCUCCUCAACAGUUGGACCACAUUUGGAAGACGCUGCGUUUCUCUCUAGAGAUGUUCAGACAAACAGCGAUGCUGCCCCUUUGGGUUGCAAUGGAACGUCAGGUGACGCCAUUCCUUCCAGAUCUCCAUCCCCCGUCCGGCCAUCAGGGAGCACAGACGCCCUGCUUGUUCCAUUCAGUCAGGCCGUGGCCCUUACUGCAGUGGGCGCAGCAGAAGAACCUCAUCAAUAUUUAAACCCUGAUUUCGAGCCUGACUCUGUGUCUGAGCGCAGUUACGGCAGCCAAAAAUCCUUUGAUAGUAAUUACUUUGGUAAAACCUUUCAGACUCAGCCGAACCCCCAUGAGAGAACUCUCAAGUCUGACAAAAGCAGCAGUUCCCAUGGAUACAGCCCCAACAGCAGCUUUGUGCUCAGACAGGCCUCCAGGCAGAGCAGCGUGUCCCGUGUUGGGUCAUCUGAGAGCGUCAGUGAUAUUAUGAGUGACAAAUCCGAGUCUGUGAGAUCCGUCGGAGGAAGAAACGGCAGCAAAGGAAGCGUGGUGACAGGGGGUCUGUCACAAGAGAUCAGAGACUACACUUUUCCCUGGGAAAGGAAGACUGGAGUUUAGUCUACAUAGAUUGUAGGAGUUUCAUUUUUUUUUUUUUUAGUAUUUUUAUACUGAACAAUUAGGGACAAACUAAUGUGUGAAAAGAAUCAUCUUUGUUCUUUGAGUUUGUUCUUGAACUCUUUUCUUGUUUGGCAUUUUUUCCCAAAUGUAAAGAAUAAAACAUUCUUAUUUACUC